AUGGAGGCGCGUACGACGGACGAAGACACGCCCUUGUUACGGCCCGAGGCGUCUGCUGGCCGUCCAACUGGCGCGCCGAGUCCGUCUUCGCGGACGGCUGCUAGCGACAGCGUAGGCACUGCCCGGGACAGUCUCCAGAAGACAGAGCUCGAGCUGAACGUGGACAAGAUCUCGGUCCUCGCGUGCCCCUCGGCACGUCCGACGUACGGCAGUGCAGACGGCGCGUACAACCACUACGCGGACCAGCCGCUGCACGAGACGCUGCAGACCAACGAUGAGCUCAAUAUGCUCGAGCCGUACUUUGACGUGACGCCGUCGCGACUGCGUGUGGCGUUCGAAGGGUCGGGGACCGAAGGCGAUGGCGAGCUGAGCUACGAGGGAUUCCGUGCUGCGCUCAAGACGCUCGGGAUCCGGUGCCUCGACAACGCUGUGUUUGCUCAGCUGGUCGAGAGCAUUGACAAGGAACAGCGCGGCCGGAUCACGCUCUUGCAAUUCGACGCGGCAGUGCAUCGCCUGAAGCUCAUGCACAUGUUUGACGAGGGCACUGUGCCCGAAGUGAGCUCAAUGGAGGGGCAGCACGAAGCCGCGUUGUCCGUGUCGGACUUUUCGAGCACGAGGCUGCAGAGCUUUGUCUUGCGACAAAAGAACUUGCACGAGUUCUUUACAGCACACCGCCCCGAGUGGGUGAACGUGCGGUGGAUCAACUUGAAAGGCCGAGAUAGCUUGAACCUCAAGCGCCUCGCGAUCAAGUACCGACUGCAUCCGCUGGCGAUUGAAGACACGAUUGAAGGCCAUGAACGACCCAAGUUCGAUCGCUACGAUGGCCACUUGUUCAUUGUGUUUCCGGUACUGGGAAUGCGCGUGGCGUCGGACAAGGGACCUUUGCUAGAACGAAAGCGCAGUCGUCUGUACUCGGACACGCGGGGAACGCCCUUGCCGUCUUUUGUCAAGGAGAAGCGAGGAUCGCUUUACCGCAUCAUGAGCAUGGCGCCCGUCGACACCGAGGAGGAGGAGGAGGACGAGAACCCACUGAAGCUCUGCGUCGAGCACGUGUUUGUCUUCAUCAUCAACAACGAUACCGUCAUUACAGUCAAGAACGAAGGCGGCAGUGAUAUCUGGGCCGAACUCAAUCGCCGGCUGGCCGUACCGUACUCGAAGCUACGACACAACAACGCCAACUUCCUCGUGUACUCGGUGCUCGAUGUGAUCGUGGACCAGGUAACAAGUGUCGUUGACUCGAUCACCGAGUGCCUCAUCGAGCUCGAGAACCAGCUCAAUCAACAGCGACAUCGCUUCGAGUUACGGUCGCUGCGGCUGCUGAAGAACGAGCUCUUUGGACUUCCUCGAUUCCUCAAACCUGCUCGGGAGGUGCUGAAAAGCAUCAUCGAAAGCAAAGACUUUGAUGCCACUGUGACUGCCUACGUCCGCGACGUACACGAUCACGUGGUUCAGGUACUUGACGAUAUUGAACAGCAGCUCCAGAUGUGCCGCCAGCUCACGGAAGACUACCGUGACGCCAAGACCACUCAGAUGAACUACGUCAUCUACACACUCACUGUGGUCACGACCGUAUUUCUGCCUGGACAGUUUCUCACGGGCGUCUACGGCAUGAACUUUGACGACAUGCCUGAACUUCACGAGCGUUAUGGCUACGCUCUCUUUUGGAUCCUCGCCAUUGCCAUUGCGGCUGCGCUGCAGUUCUAUUUCCGCUACAAACAAUGGAUAUAG